CCAUGGAGGGGGACACGGCCAAUGCCACCAUCCACAAGCUCUCCCUGCAGAAUGGCCCCAAUGCCAGUGCACAGUUCACUGGGGUGCAGCUCAUCCAGUCCUUCAAGCCCCUCAUCAUCCCCUGCUACACCCUGGUUGUCCUCGUGGGCAUCUUCGGCAACUACCUGCUCCUCUACGUCAUCUGCAAGACCAAGAAGAUGCACAACGUCACCAACUUCUUCAUUGGGAACCUGGCCUUCUCUGACAUGCUGAUGUGUGCCACCUGCGUGCCCUUCACCCUGGCCUACGCCUUCAACCCCCAGGGCUGGGUUUUUGGGAAGUUUUUGUGCUACUUUGUUUUCCUGAUGCAGCCCAUGACAGUCUAUGUCUCCGUCUUCACGCUCACGGCCAUUGCUGUUGACAGGUACCACGCCACCGUGCACCCCCUGAAGAAGCGCCUCUCGGUCACCAGCUGCAUCUUGGUGGUGGGGGGCAUCUGGCUGCUGUCCUGCGGGCUGGUGGCCCCCGCCAUCGCCCACACCUACCACGUGGAGUUUCGGCAGGAGGGCUUUGCCAUCUGCGAGGAGUUCUGGAUGGAGCAGGAGGCGCAGCGCCUGGCCUACGCCUACGGCACCCUGAUCGUCACCUACAUCCUGCCCCUCUCCGCCGUCUCCCUCUCCUACAUCUGCAUCUCAGUGAGGCUGAGGAACCGGGUGGUGCCCGGACACCCCACGCAGAGCCAAGCUGAGUUUGACCGCCUGAGGAAGAGGAAGAUCUUCCGCCUCAUCGUGCUGGUGGUGGCAGCUUUCGGGGUCUGCUGGCUCCCCAUCCACGUCUUCAACAUCAUCCGGGACAUCGACAUCAACCUCAUCAACAAGCACUACUUCCUCCUGAUCCAGCUGCUCUGCCACUGGUUCGCCAUGAGCUCCUCCUGCUGCAACCCCUUCCUGUACGCCUGGCUGCACGACCGCUUCCGCGGCGAGCUCCGCAGGAUGUUCUCCUGCAAGAGGAGGGUCCUCCCCACCAAGAACUGCGGGGCCGCCGCGCUCUGAGGCUGG